AUGGUAAACGUCUUCCAACGCUUCACUAGACGCCGAGCCCGGAGCUCCGGCAGCAACUCAACAGAGCAAGCAGAGACAACAGGACCCAAUUCCGCAAUAUCCCAUCCGCAUGGAUUACAGCGAACGGUCAGCACAAGCUCCGGCAAACGCGGUCGGCGCUACGAAGAGCCCUCGCGUCGAUACCUCAUUAUUGUCUCUGAUACUGCGGAAUUUGACCCGCAUAUUAUCCAGCGUUUUGAAGCCGAGGGGUUCGUUGUGACUUAUCUCCCUUUCACCGGGUGUGGUGAUGCAGACAAGGAUCGCAAGGCACUUGAGAAUGCCGUGCAUCUGAAGGAAGAUGAGCUCGAGAGUGGGGAGCGGUAUGCGAUUGUCGCCUAUCACCGACCAGCUUACCUCCUCCUAUCCUCGCACCAUCAAACAACAAGCAAUACAAACCCUUUCCCACGUCUGUGUGCAUUUAUAGCAUACUACCCCCUCCCCUCAACAGACCAAUACACCUACAAACGCAAAGAAAACUGUGAACCGCCAGACUGCUCAGAUACAACAACGAUUUUCGAGCCUGGUCCUAAGUCUACUUUCCUCCCUAUUCAGAUUCACCUGCCUGGCCCACGAGUCCUACCUUGCGCCCUGUGGCCGUGGAUUAACCUCAGUGCAUCAGAGGGUGAUGUCACAUAUAAGAAACGGCAUAGAUGCCACGUCUACUCAUAUCCUGGGUGUACGGCCGGCUUUGCGGAGAAGGUAAUUGGCGAUGAGAGGGUUGGAGAGGGGGAGGAGGAGAUGGAUAUUACUUAUGAGGAUGAAGUUGGGUUGCAGUUGGCUUGGAGUAGGGUUUUGGGGUGCUUGAAGAGGGCCUUUGAAGCUGGGAGUCAUUGGCCCGUUGUUGAUAUUGAGACCGUUUGGGAGGAGUAUUGGGAUCGGAUUUGUGCUGAGGUUGAUGAGCGGAGGUCGGGGAAUCAUAGGCUUGUUGAGCCGCCGGUUGAGUUGCUUGCUGCUAGUCAUGCUGGUGAGGUUGGUUGUCCUGUUGGGGAGUCGGCUGUUACUUGUCUUCCUACGUUUGCUGGUGCUUCCGAUAUCUCGAGUCUGAGGUCUUUCUUUGCUCAGACUUUUAUUCCUAAUGGGCCGGAGGAUCAGAAGAUUCGUCUUUUGACUAGGACUGUGGGCUCCGAUCGGAUUGUUGAUGAGAUUCAAUUUUCUUGUCGGCAUACUGCCGAGAUACCCUGGCUGUUACCUGGUAUUGCGCCUACAAAUCGAGAUAUCCAGGUCGUGAUUAUUGUGGUUGCGAGUUUCUGCGCAGGUCAGAUUACACGCCAGAGUCUAUAUUGGGACCAGGCGAGUGUGCUGGUGCAAUCUGGAAUGUUAGAUCCGGGACUUCUGCCGCGGGCAGUACAGCCUGUUGCAAUUCAAUAG